AAUAGGAUGCCGGCGCGGUGGCAAUGCGGAGUGUUUGUAUUGGGAUUUUUAUUCCUUGCGGCUAGCAGCGAUAAAUGUCCUUAUCAACCGGGCCCAGUACACCAGACCGCUGGAUAUGUACCCAAACCAAUUCAUCCUGCAAAAUCCGAUUACAAUACUGGUGGCCACAAACCCCAAUAUCCUGGCAGUCAUCAGAGCUUUUGCCCCAAAGUUGGCGGAUUGGAAUCGCUUUGCCGACCGGCCAAAGAUUGCGCCGUGUGGUACGAUCUCGUCCGGAAGACUCCGGGGACUGCCUGUACACUACACAAUGGAUAUGACAGAGGACUCUGCUGUCCGGAUCUUCCCAUAAACGUUUACAGCAGGGCGCCCUUUAAGAAACCAAGUCCCUGCGAAGACGUCAAAUUCGACGAUCAUGUCGAUAAAAUCGACUUGGACGCUGUGCACGCGGCUGUUCAUCACGGUCUGGCUAGACAGAACAUUUUGGUUAGACCCGGUUCAGCUCGCUACACGCACAGUUGGGUUUACUUUCAAACGGCGGAUGAAGCAUUGAAGAAUGCCGGAAACACUCUGCACGGUGUUUUUUCUGGCCAUAACCUCGUCCAUGGACAUCAAAUUAAGCCCCAUCAAGCCCAUUGUGCGCUUAAUCAGUUCUAUGUAAAAGACACGGGCGUCACUCACACUUGCCCCACUUUCCCGGUUUGUGAUAAAAAGGAAUUGGCCUCGCCCUAUCGAACCAUAACCGGAAUCUGCAAUCAUGUUCAUUCACCUGGCAAUAUCCCCUGGGGUGUGUCCGAUACCCAAUACCAGCGAAUUCUAACCCCAGACUACGCCGAUGGUUAUUGGAUGCCCAGACGUGCUGUAGAUGGAGGCGAACUUCCCUCUGUGGUAUUUCUGACCGUGGUUCGCGAUGUGGAGGCUCGAAGCGAGACGGACAGUAUUUUUGUCAUGCAAUUCGGGCAGGUCAUUGAUCACGGUGGUAUUUCUACACUGCACUAA